AUGGCCUCGGAUUUAGACCAAGAUAUUUCUCCCAUCCCCCGAUCUCGGGAGGAGAACCAGGAGAGAGCUUUUAUCGCUGCCUCGCGGCGAAAAGACCGCAGCCUUGAUGCACGGCUGGAAUCCGCCAACCGGGCGUCCAUGCUGCACAAGAAGCGUACCGGCAAGGCAUUUCACAUCACCAAGGAGAUUGUGGAGAAAGAAGCCAUGUACGAGGAGGUCGACGAACGGUAUCAAGAGAAACGCAUCCGCAUGCUGCAUGCCCAGAACAUGCAGAUCGAGGAGCAGUUCCACCGCCAUCUACUAGCCGCCUUUGCUGCUCGGGCAAAUAGCUCGGGCUCCGCAGCCUCUUCCAUUGCGAGCCGACGCGCGAGCCUGACCCCUCGCGCCUCCAUUGAUGGCGGCUCUUCCCGCAAGAUGAGCCUGGACCUAUCUAAUCUGCGGUCUCCGUUUCCUCAGGGAGUCGACUCCAGCUCAUUGACUAGUCCUGUGACAACAGCGGACGGCUACGUGUUGUCGCCGACCACAACAUUCGACUCCAGUGCCCACUCCUACAUGAAUUGUAUGGAUGGCUCGAAUGGCUUCACGGCCAACAUGGUGACAAGUUCGUCUGCCUCGGGGCAAAUGCCAGCAUAUGUCACACCCAAUCCCGUGCCGACCUGGCCGCCACACAUGGGCACCUGGAUGCCCAUGCAACAGCAGAUCCCAACUCCGAAUCAGACACCUACCGAUUCCCACGCCGUUCACAUGUGGCAGCAGCAAAUGAUACAGCAAGCCCAGAUGCCCGAAGCCACCGCCACUGCCCAAAUGCGGCAGUUCAGGGACCGUCUCGCUUCGGCUCCCGAGCUACCUGUGCAGCACCUGGCCCAACCCGCUGCCCCCGCUGCCUCCAUAUCCGGACCCAGUGGCGGCCAUGGCCACUCGCGCGGACAGUCGCAGCCCAGCAAUAACUUCCGCAAUCUGCACCUCUUGACCCAAGGUACCCACUUGGCCCAGAUGGCCCCAUCGAGCACUAGCUCACCCAGGAUCGAAGCGCUCUCGGCAGAGACGCAGUCCACUCCUGACUUUUGCCCAACUCCCAACACCCCCUUGUCCCCAACCGCUGUUGGUACCGCACACUCCACGCCCCCGACUAAGGAGGAAGGCGAUGGCGUCAUGGUCUCCCAUGAGGAGCUGGAUCCGGAUUUCAACGAGUUCAGCCAGUUCGCUCUGGGCCUGGGCAACUCGUCGCUACAGGAUCGAGAGCCCUUUGGGUUCGAUGAGUUUGUUGCGUUGGAUGACUUUGCUGCCACAGUCUCCUGCUGA